CGCAAGCAUAUUGUUACGAUUGCGCCGAUGCAUGGUUGAGUAUUAAACUUGAAGCUGGAACAAGUCAUAUCACGUUUUAUACGCUCGCCUCUGCCAGGCGUAGCAGCAAUUUCGUCAUGGCAAGAACGCUGCCAAAUUUGAAAAUCUAAUCGUUACGUGGAAGCUGCCGUCGAAAGCACCUGGGGGACCGGCAGCGCGCCUUUUCCGCCCAACCCGGGACUUACCUUAGGCGACGGACUGUAAGCACUAUGGAGGUCGGUCGACAAGACAUCACGGCCAUGGCCAACCUAGACGAGGCCUUGGCAGCUCCAAGCUCACGGUUGCGAACGGACGGAACGGUUGAUGGCCGUAACGCGCCAUGGGUGGAGAAGUAUCGACCUAAAAGUCUGGAUGAGGUGGCAGCGCACAAGCAGAUUAUUGAUACGAUAAAACGGCUCACCAACGAGAACCGGUUGCCGCAUCUGCUGCUGUACGGUCCCCCCGGCACCGGCAAGACGUCCACCAUCUUAGCGGUGGCUCGUCAAAUAUACGGCAGCUCAAUGGCCAAUAUGACACUGGAGCUGAACGCGUCGGACGAGCGAGGCAUCAGCGUUGUGCGGCAGGAGAUCCAGGACUUUGCGUCCACACGGACCAUCUUCAGCAACAAGUUCAAGCUCAUCAUACUGGAUGAGUGCGACGCCAUGACCAACGAUGCCCAGUUUGCAUUGCGACGAGUGAUUGAGAAGUACACCCGCAACGCCCGCUUCUGCCUCAUCUGCAACUACGUGUCCAAGGUCAUCCCUGCACUGCAGUCUCGAUGCACCAAGUUCAGGUUUGCCCCCCUGGACCCCCAGUUCGUACAUGAGCGGCUGCAGUACGUGGCGAGCACGGAGCGAGUGAAUCUUGGUUCCGGGGCUCUUGACGCGGUGGUGGAGCUGGGCAACGGGGACAUGCGCCGCUCGCUAAAUAUCUUGCAGUCUUGCCAUCUGGCAUUCGACGUUGUGGACCAGCAGGCGGUGUACCUGUGCACGGGCAACCCGCUGCCUGCUGACAUCAGCCAGGUGCUCACGUGGCUGCUCAAUGAGCCCGUGGCGGACGUGUUUGAGAAGGUGACUCAGUUGCAGGUGGACCGCGGGGUGGCGCUCGUGGACGUCGUGCGGGAGCUUCACCCGUGGAUUAUGAAGACCAGCAUGCCAGUUCAUGCCAAGAUUGCGCUCGUGGAGCGGAUGGCGGACGUCGAGCACCGUCUCGCAUACAGCACGAGCGAGAAGCUGCAGUUGGGGGGUUUGAUAGCGGCGUUUGUGAAGGCGCGCGAAGUUAUCGCCAAGGCGGCUAAGUAAUACUUGGGACAACGUCGGCUGGGUUGGGCGCAAUAAGGUUGUGCCGGGGGAGGUAGCCUUAAGUGCUGUUAAUAAGGUCACCAGCGUUGCGUGUCAGCUUUGUGCAUUGUACAUUUUUUGUAUUUACGAGUCCGAUAGGUCGCGUCAGUACGAUGCAGUCCUUGUCGGCACACGGCGAAGGAAACAUGGUACUAGAAGCCUGCCUGCUGGGUAUUGUAACGGCAUGUAGUAA